AUGGACAAAGUUCUCAUGAAGUACUAUCUCUGCCCUGCAUACGCCCUGGAGUUCACCCUGGGUUUCCUCGGCAACCUGGUGGUUGUCCUGGGUUACCCGCUGUGUCUGAAGGAAUGGCGGAGCACUAAUGUCUACUUGUACAACCUGGCCGUGUCUGACAUCAUCUGCGUGUCUGCUCUGCCACGCCUCUCCUACCUGUACGCCAACAGCAUGGAGGAGACUUCGCCGGUCAACUGUGUUCUCAACCGCUACAUCCUCUUCGUCAACAUGUACUCCAGCGUCCUCUUCAUGGCGCUGGUCAGCCUGGACCGCUACCUGCUGCUCUGCCACCCGUCUCGCAACCACGUCUUCCUGACUCCGCGGGUGGCCGUCCUCGCCUCCAUCCUCACCUGGGUCUUUGUCAACAUCGAGAUGACCCCGCUGAUAUACUAUGCCAUCAAGGACAACGCCCGCACUAAUGGCACCAAGUGCCAUGACUUCGCCAGCCUCUCGCAGACCUGGGGCUUCCUGGGCUACAGCCUGGGGCUGACGCUCGUGGGGUACAUCCUGCCCCUGGUGGUGCUUUUCUGGUGCACACACAAGAUGGCUCUGCUGCUGCAGACUCAGGGGGAGAUCUUCAAGCACCGGGCGAUGUCGUUCAAGAGGCCCCUGCGAAUAGUGCAGGCAGCGGCGUAUAUGUUCCUGCUGCUCUUCCUGCCUUACCACAUCCUGAGGAACAUACGCAUCCUCACACAACUGCUGGAAAAUAAAACUUGCGCCACCGACCAAAUUGAAGCGGUGUACAUCGUGACGAGGCCAAUGGCUUACGCUCACAGCGUCAUUAACCCUGUCUUCUACUUCAUGAUGACUGACUGUUUCCGUGAGCUGCUGCUGGCCAGGUUUCACCAGCUGAGAAGCAGAGUCACUGGCAUCUGCACCAAAAUAUGA